CCGUGCGGUAGUGUGUUCCGCGGACAAACAGCCAAAACCAAGCGAAGCAACACCUGACCGGGCGACCAGCGAACCACACAAAAAAGUAUAGGAAAAUUAUUGAUUAACUUUUUUUCGGUGCGCUGGGCGAGAGAACCGUGUGGUGGCUAUUUAUAAUGAACGAGGUGACCGGUGGCCGGGAACAGGGAUAACCAGGGCGGAGGAAGCGGAGACCAUGCCAGAGACGGAACAGCAGCAUCAGCAGCAGCAGCACCCAGCACUCUCACACCCUGAACCUCAGCCAGAUCCAGACCUGGACCCGGAACCCAUCCCCGCCAAUAGACCGGAUCGCGUGCAGAACUUCUCCUUCGCCAGCAGCUAUCCCUAUGCACCAGGACGCAACUCGUCCACAUCUAACUCCAACUCUAACUAUAACUACAACUCCAACUAUAACUCCAACUACAAUUCCAACGGUUUCAACGUUCAGCGGUACCAGAGUCCUUAUAAUUUCCAGCACGUGGUGACCAACGCAUUUUCGGUGCUGCGCCAUCAGCCCUCGGAGGAGCAGGAGCUCGUUGCCCAUCCCACGCGACCCCAACAGGCCAUCGUGCGUCCCAUCAGACGUGAGGAGGCCGCCAUCCCGACGGAUCACCAGGAUCACCAUGUAGCAGAGCCUGCCGGUAAUCAGCCGCCGCCGAGAUCCUUCUUUUCGCGCAGCACCCAGGAGGUGCGCAGCUUUGCCGAUGAGCUGAGCCAGAAGCUGCGCUUCCUGGCGCCCGAGGAGAACGGCUACGGCGGACGGCAGAGCGCCAGUUCCGGCGCCUGGAUGGAUCCGGCCAUGGCCCAACGACCUCGGUUCGAGACGACUGUGCCGCAGGGCAUCUUCCUGCCGCCGCCGCAUGAAGUCCAGAUGAUACCGGCCACCAUGCUGCGCAGGCAUGUCUACGCCUACUCCUCGUAUCCCAUGAUCCUGCAGGGCUACUACGCCAAGGAUCCCGCCAUCGGUGAGGCCAAGGAGCACAAGGUGACCGCCACCCGGCUGAACGGUGUGCGUGCCACGGCUGCAGUGGCAGCGGCAACAGCAGCGGCCUCCAAAUCCGCCCACGAUUCGCAAUCCCUCGCCGGCGGUCUGCACAUCACCAAGGCGCAGUUCCAACAGCAAUUGCAGCAGCGACGCAACAACAACAGCAACAACAACAACAACAGCAACAGCAGCGACAAAAGACCCAUCGUCCCGCCGCCGGAGCCUUACAAGAACGUCAUGUACGACCGUCGCGUCAUAAAGGGCAGCAACUUCGGCAACUCCUCCAUGGUGACGGAUGUGGAUCCCUUCGACAAGGCCGCCGAAUUGAGGCGCCGCAAUAUGUUGCGCAAGCGGACGAUCCAGUGCCGCAAUCAACGCAACGUCCUGGGAACUCCGCCGCCGGUCAAGGGCCGCAAACACGAGACCAUUCAGACGGAGAAGUACCUGGAGAAGCUGGUGCAGCGCCCGCCGGAGUUCUCCAUCGACACCCAGACGGACCUGUUCCUGGAGAAGCCGCCAACGCCUCCGUUCAUCCCGGCCAAGGUGGGCGUGGACGUGGGCACCGAGAUCGGCGACGGCGAACUCUUCCACUUCGAUGCCGAGGCCCAGCCCAUCAUCGAUGUCCUGGUGGACGCGUGCAUCGAGCAGAGCAUGCUGGAGGUGGCCCACGAGAUGGAGCUGGCCAGUCUGCGGCGCAAGCAGGAAGAAUUCCUGGCCCAACGGGAGGCUGAGCUGGCCGAGCUGCGUCGCCUGGAGGCGGAGGAGAUUCGCCUGCAGGCGGAGAAGCAGCGCCGCCUGCGCCAGGAUGCGAUUGCCAAGGAGCUGGAUGCGGAGAUGCAGAAGAGCGUGACGGCGGCCAAGCUGCUCCAGGGACACAUUGCCAGCCUGGUGCCGGAGGUUCUCGAGAACAUUGAGCCGGCCAGCGAUGCCGUGAAGAAGGAGCAGCUGAUGAAGAGCGUCUGCCCGUGGCUGUCCGCCGAGGUGGCCGAGGAGGUCGGUCACAUCGUGGACUCGCGCGAGAUCCUUACGGCCAUCAUCCAGGAGAUCAUCAAGCAGCGGGCGGAAGUGUAUGCCGGCUACCGGGAUCCCGAAUCUGAGCCAUCCGCCCCGGAUGCGGGUGUUUGCGAGGAGGAGGGCUGCGCCAUCGACGAGAUGGAGGCGUGUCCUUGCGAGACGGAGGAGGAGGAGUGUCCCGAACCGCCGCCACCGCCCCCGCAUAUCUAAAUGAUUUCGUUUCAGUUUAGUUAAUAUUUCGAGUCCUUAAAAAUGGCGAUUCCUAGCCCCACACACACACACACACACACAUACACCACAAACACACACACCUGCGAUCAAGGAUGGCUGCAACUUUGUUGUUGUGUCUGGCGAAGGACUCGACUCGUCGCAGGAUUCACGACCGGGCGCCAAACACAAUUGCACAGCGGCGGCGGCGAAACGACAUCGAAUGGCAAAUUGUAAACUGAAUAAUUGUUAAAGGUUUUUGUGUUACCUAAAAUUCAACGAAUAAAGCUCAACAAAACAAACCGAA